GCAGUUCCCUUCAAAAUUCUGUUGUGUAGUGUGAGGCAUGAAGUAGACUACGAAAUAUUUGCAGAUAUCAAAGUCAGUGAACACUAGGAGGGGCCAGGAUGAGGUACAACAAGCAAGAACUGUUGACCCUGGCUACUCAACCUUCGCAGAAGUUUGACAAGGAAGGUGUUCUACUGCUGAGGGAACGCCAGGAAGGCUUCUUUCGUAGGACAGAGAGGAAAGACUCGAAAAGAGGGAAACGGGGAAAACUACGUGAACUGAGCUGCUAUAGUGGAACCAGCAAAGUUAGCCUAGAGCGGUGGUGCAGACUGCGAGGUAACCUGCUGUUUUACUUCAAGACCCGAGACCAGUGGUCGGAGCCGCUGGGUGUAGUCGUGUUGGAACAGUGCUCCGUCAAGCUGGAUCCCCCCGCCACCUCCAACACCACUGAUGGCCCGUUUGGGUUCAGUCUAGUGUUUGAAGGAGGCCUGUCACAACACGUGGCUGCUCUGAGUCUGCAGGAGAGGGAUCAGUGGUUGCAGGCCAUCCAGCUGUCCAGCCACGAGUGUAUGAGGACUCAGCUGCUAGCUCUACAGCAGAGGUUGGAAACUCGUAGAGGUCAAGACCCGGAUCUGGAUAUCCAGAUGUGGCGGUUACGUCGGAACCAGACUCUAGACCCGUGUGAGUUGCCGCUGUGUGAGGUAUCUCUCUCGUGUGACAACCUACUGUGUGACGGCCAUGGCCGUCCUCCCAACCCUGUACUGCUGGUGCAUGUGUACAUUCCUGAGGAAAGGGUACUACUCAAGUACGCCAAGACCGAGGUCAUAGAGAAAAGCAGCAAUCCCAGUUUCCUGAACACCGUAAGUUUCCGCUCCAGUGAUGGCCUCAACGCCAGCUCCAAGGUGAGACUGACUGUGUAUGACGUGAGAGAGCCUGUGUCUCAGACAGCCACUCCCCUGGGCAGUGCCUGUAUCACACUAGGCACACUACAGGACUGCGAGAGACUCAGGAUACCUCUCAAGUCCUGUGCUGGGACAACUGUGGGAUUCCUGAGUCUUCUGGUCUGGGCGCUGGAGAGAGAAGACCAGGGAACUCCUAGCACUGAGUCUACACCUUGUAGGACAGCCAGCAUAGAUACUGCAGCGAUCCACUGUCACCGCAGGUCGCAGUCGCUGCCACCCAGGCUGGGCUCCAAGCUAAAGUUACCUCACCAGGGACAGCUGCGGCUGUUGUUUGCCAACCCCACAGUCCAGACGUACAGGUUCCACUCUGGGCUGGGAGGUGACAUCAGUGUACAUGAGGUCAUGGCAGAGAGUCGGCUGUGCUUCACCUUCCCUCAGCAACUGUUAGCUGUGUGGAUCCAAGAGGAGAAGGAGUUGCUACAAGAGGUGGCUGGUAUGGGAGAGUUGGUAGAGCCUUGGCACUCCAAGCAGGUUCAACUGCUAGACAGACAUCUCCAUCUGCUACACCUUUACUCCCAGGCUAGUGAAAACCUCGCUGCGCACAAAGGAGGCUUCUUCAAGCCAAGCUCUCGCAAGAACGAUCGUUCUCUAGAGUUUGCGCCGGUGAACCUCCACCUGCAGAGAAUGUGGGUGCAGAACGAUACGCUGAAGAAGUGCGACUUCUACGAUGUUGUUACUGUCGGUGCUUUCACUGCUCACUCGCACAAGAAUAAGAAUGGAGGACUUAUCAAGUUACUACAGCAGAUAAAAGAAUCACCAAUGAGAAGCCACAACUCUUCCCCGGGUAUUGACAAAAUCACUGUUGCGUCCGAUGCAAUCCAGGCCAUCAAGCAGCUUCGCAGGGAGGUCGUGGAGGCCAUGCGUUCUCUGAUGAGGCUUGCUAAAGACAAACAAACACUUGGUAUGCUGCCCAUCUGCGAGGACAUGAUCUCUAAGACUCGCACCCUGUUAACCCUGUGGGACCCAGGGCUGGUAGAAGAAGCUCUAUCCUUUGUAGAGAAGAACAAGAUGGGAGUGGUGUCUCUGGAUGUGGUAGGAGGCAACAAUGGGAUAGAAGAGAGUCUUACUCUCUCCCCCUUCCGUCGCAUCACACAGCAGCUGAGUUUCAACGAGCUCAAGUCGCCCGAUUAUGACGAACUCAUCACACCCGACAGCCCGAGGUGUCUCAAGGGUUUUUGGGGAGACUUGCAUCCAAAGACAUCAACACAUAGAGAGCCGAGUGAGAAUCAGUUUGUGAUUUUCCCUGAUGCUGAAGAGGAUGUGGAAAAAGAUGAUAAGUCCAUCGACGAAAACUCUAACGUAGCGAAUCUGGAGAUGAAACCUCUGGAGACUGAAGAAGAAGAAGAAGACGAGGAAGAAGAUGAUGGUAGUCUCCCAUCAAUGUCAAGUGGAAAUGACUGUGAUGUGGGAAAAAGGUUCCUAGACACCCAUGUGAUGAGUAGAUCUCCAUCUGCCAACUACUACAAGCCUACAGAUGAGCCUGAACCUUGGGAUCUGACACAGCUCAACAUAGAAGCCAGUGUUAUGUUCCUAGACACCCAUGUGAUGAGUAGUUCUCCAUCUGCCAACUACUACAAGCCUACAGAUGAGCCUGAACCUUGGGAUCUGACACAGCUCAACAUAGAAACCAGUGUUAUGUUCCUAGACACCCAUGUGAUGAGUAGUUCUCCAUCUGCCAACUACUACAAGCCUACAGAUGAGCCUGAACCUUGGGAUCUGACACAGCUCAACAUAGAAGCCAGUGUUAUGUUCCUAGACACCCAUGUGAUGAGUAGUUCUCCAUCUGCCAACUACUACAAGCCUACAGAUGAGCCUGAACCUUGGGAUCUGACACAGCUCAACAUAGAAGCCAGUGUUAUGUUCCUAGACACCCAUGUGAUGAGUAGUUCUCCAUCUGCCAACUACUACAAGCCUACAGAUGAGCCUGAACCUUGGGAUCUGACACAGCUCAACAUAGAAGCCAGUGUUAUGUUCCUAGACACCCAUGUGAUGAGUAGCUCUCCAUCUGCCAACUACUACAAGCCUACAGAUGAGCCUGAACCUUGGGAUCUGACACAGCUCAACAUAGAAGCCAGUGUUAUGUUCCUAGACACCCAUGUGAUGAGUAGUUCUCCAUCUGCCAACUACUACAAGCCUACAGAUGAGCCUGAACCUUGGGAUCUGACACAGCUCAACAUAGAAGCCAGUGUUAUGUUCCUAGACACCCAUGUGAUGAGUAGUUCUCCAUCUGCCAACUACUACAAGCCUACAGAUGAGCCUGAACCUUGGGAUCUGACACAGCUCAACAUAGAAGCCAGUGUUAUGUGCCUUGUCAGCAAAGUCAAGUUUCUAUGUGGAAGGUGUGGAUCACCAGCCGUUAGGCUCAGGAAUCAGAGGGGGAUGGGCCGCUCCAAGAGUUUCCGCAGCGAACUCUCAGCACAACAAGAAGUGGUUACAUCUCAGCCGACUAGUGUAGGAGUGAACGGUAACGGUGCGAUUGUGAACCAACCGAGGACUAAUGGUCCGAAACGGACUAACAGUGACGAUGCGCUCAACAAAGCCGUGGACUGUGCAAACAUUGUGCGCAACAAGUUUACCGAAGGACUGGACUUUGCGACUAUCACGGACUGGACAACAGAACUGCGACCAAGCAUGAGGAAGCUGCGGCAAGCCAUGGACGGUCUGCUGAAGACCGCGCGGCUAACACACAGUGUGUUCCGCGUACAGGAGGACCGAAGGACUGCACAGAAGGCUUGUAACGUUCGGUACAGGCGGCAUGUCUGCUUCUCUCAGGCAUUGACUGCCUUGGUGACUGCACUGAUGGCCAAGCUGUGGUGUCAGAAGCCUGACCCAGUGUUUUUGCUGAUCCUGAGCACUGUAGGACCACUGGUGUCGUUUGAGGGACUCCUCAGCUACUACGGUGAUGAGAUCGAUAUGUGGGGGGACAUGGUUGUGGCUGUGGAGGAUCUACAGACUGUCUCCUUCACCAUCACACGCUGUCCGCCCAACACUAGACAAGAACAGGUGGUGCCCAAGGUAGCCAAGUCUGGAUCGUCGCUGAGUGUGAUGCUUCCGGUACCGGACUCUGUACAUUCUCUCCUUCCCCUCUCCUCUCCCCCCACCACUUCUGUUACUUUCCACGUCACCCCCGUGUUCUUCAACAUUGGCAUCAACGAGAUGGCCACCCUCGCCGAGAGUCUAGGGGCGACCAAGCCGCAAGAGAGAAGCAACGUGGACAACUUCGACAGACUCAAUCAGUACUACCAUCGGUUUAGGAAGCUCAACGUGCCUAGUGACAAGAGAGGGAUGGUGCUCAGUGGUCCUCGGUACAGCUUGGAACACCUCGUGGAGCAACUCAAGUCCUCCGUGUUGGUCUCCAGAAGCAAGAAUGUGGAGAUCCUGCAUCUCUCCUCCAGGAUAUGUCGCAGGAUGAAAGGACUGAGAUUCACAAGCUGUAAGAGUGCCAAGGAUCGGACUGGUAUGUCUGUGACAUUGGAGCAAUGCAACAUUCUACGGUCAGAGUACGAUCUAGCAGAGCAUGAGUUCUUAAGAGCACUGGACUGCAUGAGGAGCGAGGGUUGUCGUAGGGAGAACACCUACAAGAACGUGGGAGUGCGCAAGUACGCCUUCAACAGUCUGCAGAUCCUGACGUUGCCGAGGCUGUAUCGUCCACCCGCUGGCACCUUCGGCUCGGCCCAGUCGUAGUCCCUUCCACGUCUGCGUCCUCGACACUGUCUCGUAGCUGGCUAGUCCACCAGGCACAAGUCUUUGGAUGGAAGCACCUCCAAGUUGACACGCACCGACAUGUCGGUGCAAGACUGAUCCUGUUUUCAUCUCAACUUACUUCAGGCAUCACACUGAAUACUCAUGUUCACCAUUGAAUAUUCAAUAUUCAAUAUUGGUAAAUUUGCUUUGUGUAGUCAAUACCAAUAAAACUGGGGAAUUUAAUGUACAAGAUGGAAUCUUUCACUAUGAAUUUUAUCCGUUGUUUAGUUUCAUACUCUUAUGAUAUUUUAUUCUCUUACAAGUAUUGCUAUACUCAAUUCCACGUUUAAUGUGCAGUACAGAGCGAGAAAGGAGAUAGUCAUUGGUAACAUCAUCCUUGUCGUCAAGCAAGCUGUGUCAGCGUCCACACAAUCCUCAAAGGCUUAAGGUAGAUUUUACCUUUUUCUUCAACUUAAUGGUUUUUGAUGGAUCAUAUUUUGACUUAAUGACUUGGAUUUUGACUUAGUUUUUGCCGAAAUCAGUUGUGAAAAUUUGUAAGUAAAAAGUAAAGCAAAGAAGCGUUUUUAAUUCUCGUGGUUUUAGGACAAAUAGUAUUGUUGAGGCUGCCAUUUCGAGUUCAUGGCCCUUGGACGCUCUUUAUUAGCUGAACAUGGAAUAAAUGCGAGUAUUCAACACUCUCUUAAGAAAUGCAAUCAUUAAAAUAUGUCAGGGGGGGGUCAUUUUGUUACUUUAACAAAUUAUUGUGUUGUUUCAGCAUAGUGGGAUCACAACAUUUACAACUAGAAAAACGUUUCUUUCUAUGUAUAAAACUGUUGUUUGUUGUUGUAUUGCUUGAUUUUUUUAUUAAGUCACACGGACAACUUUCUUCUCUUUUUCAAAUAAGUAACUUUGAUUUGAAAGGAAUUUGACUGGGUUUUUAGUCAAAAACAGGUAAAUAAAAUUUGAAUUCAAAAAGUUAAGGAUGUAGUAAAGAAACACGCUAAAAGCCAAAGGUAUUUGUAAACCUAGAACUGAAGGCCCGACACAAAACAAUUAAUUAUUAUAAAACCCUGAUGUUUAUGUACCUGAUGCGUUUAUAACAAUUCUGCUUUAUAAAAAUUAUGAAACAUACAUAGCCUAGUUAUUUAUGGUUUUGUAAAAAUCAAAGAUGGUGUAAUAUUUAUUAUUUUAGCUUUGUUUGCCUUUUAUUAGAGAUCUUCAAGUGAUGAUUGCUUCAUAUUUUGCAAUUAAGCAUGUGCAAUCAAGUCUUUGUGUUAAUUUAUCUUAUUUAUUAUUUCUUUAUUUAAUUGUUAAAUGCCUAAGUCAUAUAGAAUUUGUGUUAAUUAAUUAAACUGCUCACUUAAAAAUAGUUCUUUACUUACUUAAAAUACAUUUCCUACUUACAGUAUAAAUAGUUACAAAUUAUUUUUUAUCGAGAGAUUUAUGAGAGGAAAUAGAGAUUUAGCCUACCUAGCGCUCAGUAUUCUAGCUAUAAGCCAUGCAAAGUUUGUAAAAUUGUAAUGUAAUGUUGUAAGUUGAUAAUCAUAAACAAUUUCCAUUCAUAAUCACGUUAAUUAAUAAUAAGGAAAAUAUCUUUCCUAGCAAUGCACAACCUUAAUUUUUAAUUUCUAUACAUGUUGUAUGCUAAGAUAUUUGUAGUUUAAGGUUAGAGGAAGUCAAUUUAUUUGCAGAUUUGCAUAUUAAACUUAUUUCUAAAAAUUAGUUGGUUAAACUGGACUUAUGAGGGAUAAUUUAUAUUUUAUUGGUCAAUUAAAAAGUAUAAAGUUAUUUUUUCCAGUAUAUUUUUAUAUUGUUUGACUAACGGCAAUACCUUGUACACAUUAUUUUUCACAGCCAUUAUUAUGUUAAUUUUAAAAAAUUCUCCCUACAGAUGAAAUAAAAAUGUGUCAAUAUUCAAGACACAACUUCUAAACUUAUUAGGCAAAAAGUACCCGAAUUAUGCUACCUCAAAAGAGGAUUUUUCAAAUGAUAUUGUUGGAUAUGGAACAUAAUCAUGAAAUAUUUCUGGGGUCGGUAAACUCAUUUUUAUUGAUUUUUCCCUACAAUAUGCACGUGUGUAAAACAACAUAAUUAAUCUGAAACUCAACUUUCAGUAGAAACUAUGACUAAAUUUAAUCAUGCAUGUAAAUGUAGUUAGUUUGGGCCAAACUACUAUACGUUUGACAACUCAUAACAAAAAGAAACUGAAUCAUAAUUUUUCUGUUUCCAAUUAUUGACUGAUUAUUUACAUUUAAGCUUAGAUUAAACUAUUUAUUGAUGUAUCUAAAUAUUUCUACAGUGAUAAUGUUUGAAUAUAUUGUGUAAUUAUAUAUUUAUUGUGCCAAACUGAUGACUACUAUAAGAAAUGUACUAAUACCUGAUCAUUGUUAAUGUAUUAGAUGUGACAAAAUUCUUAUACCUUGUCAAUUAUAGCCAACUAUUUCCAUUUUGCUGAAGGAAAUAACUGAAAUUAAUUAAACAAUAUUGGUCAGAUAGACAAUUUUACCAGUUUUAAAUUGAAUUUACAAAUUAUAAGAAGAAAUGUGUUGUGAAAAGGUUGUGUUUUAUUGAAUUAGAAUUUUUAUUGUUAUUCUUUUUUAUGUAAAUGACAUUUUAAGCCAUUGAAAGUUUUAUUUGGUUGGUUUUCAAUACUAUCCAGCUAUUUUUAAUAGUAUUUUAUUACUUUGCAUAAUAUUAUUUAUUUUUGUCGUACUGCAGCAAAAUCAGCUGUUUUUAAUACAUGCGUUGCAGGUUUAAAGUAGUUCUUUUUCCUUAGGGAGUAAGUCACCUGUUGUUAAUUCAGUUGUAAACUUCGAAGCAAUUGCAAAAUUUUGUAUAAAUUGUUUUAAUCGGUUGUAGCUUGUUAUCGGUACAUCAAGGGUUAAUACCAAUGUACCAUCGAUGGUUGACCUAUCGAUGCUCAUCCGAAGUAAAAACAUAAAGUCAAUAUAGGUGCACUCAAACUUAACGAAACAUGUAACAGACACGUAAACAUGCUUCAUAUUUUAUAAUAGGAAGAGCAAAAUUACUUGUAGUUCUUAUCCUAACGUAAUGUAAAAAUCUGUAGCCUAUGUCAAAUGGCUGUAUUUCUAAAAUAUUGCAUAAUAUUUCUCUUUAUUUGGUUUUAAAUGGACAAUCAUUACAUUCAAACUAAACAGACCGUCACAUCAUUGUUUAAAAUUAUUUCUCGCAUCUCAUAUUUUGCAUUUACCCGUUUUUAACUAUUUUAACCACCAAUAAUUUUAACAUGCUCCUGCUGAUCCAUUGUCAUUUUUACACAACCUUAAAAUUUCUAUUUAACUCUAUUGUCCUAAUUAUAAGUUUGUAAUAUUAUAAGAAAUUUAUGUGCUUACACAAAUUAUAGAAGUUGUAGCAUUACCACUGGUAGAUAACGCACUAGCUUUAAGUUUUUGUUGUAAUAUUUUGGGAAAUUAUAACUUAUUCAUUUUGAAUGUAACUCAAAUACGCUUAUAUUCUUACAGUAUACUUAGAAAUGGUACUUAACGAUUGUUUUGCAUUUAUAUUAUUUUAAUUUAAGUAUAUUUAUUGUUAGUUAGGGGUCUUGUUCACAAACUACAGUGCUGUUUAUUUAGUGAUUCUUAUGUUAGUACGUUACUUUGUAUCCGAAUUGUAGUUUUGGUUUUUAAAGCAGGUGAUGAAAAUGGUGAUACAAUCUCUUAAAUGAGUUGAGUUUGUAGGAUUGAAAUUACUGUAAAAUAUUGGCACCUAUAUAUAUUUGAAAGUAUUUACAUACUUUGCUAUUCUUUUCAAGACUUGUUUUAUAAGAGUUUAUCUUUGUAAACUACCAAUCAAAGAGUUGGUUUGUCAUUUUAUUUUUAUUUUUUACCUGUAUUUUGUGAACAAGUUAAAGUCGUGUGUGGUCAAAAACAAGUUUGUGAUUUGUACAACAUUUGAAUGUUUAGAAUGUAUAAUGUAUUCCAUCUUUGUUAUUUCUGUUAUUUUGUUGUUUACUGUCUUAAUAUUUUAGAGCUUUAAUUACAUAGAUAUUUCAAUAUAAAUUGUAUAAUUUGUAUAAAUGUUAUUAUUUAAAUAUUAUUGUAGACUGUAGAAGGUUUCAU